AUGUCAUAUUCUGAAUCUGUGGAGCAAGCUAUCUCCAAUAUUAAGCAACAAACGGUAUUAAUGCAACGUAGUUUAAAUAAUCGUAAAUUAAUGGAUGCCCUGAAAUUUACCUCCACUAUGUUGACAGAAUUACGUAAUCCAAGAUUAUUACCAAAACAAUAUUAUGAAUUAUAUAUACAAAUAUUUGAUUCAUUAACAAUUUUAUCUGCUUAUCUUGUAGAAAAUCAUUCGAAUGGUCAUCAUUUAGCUGAUCUGUACGAAUUAGUUCAAUAUGCAGGAAAUGUGGUCCCUAGAUUAUAUUUAAUGAUUACAGUUGGAACAAGCUAUCUUAAGAUACCGGAAUCUCCAAGAGAAGAAAUUUUAAAAGAUAUGAUUGAAAUGUGUCGUGGUGUUCAAAAUCCAAUUAGAGGUUUAUUUUUAAGAUAUUAUUUAUCUCAACGUACAAAACAAUUAUUAUUACCGGAAGAUGAUAAAGAUUCAAUUGAAUUUAAUUCACAAUUUAUUAUUACAAAUUUUAUUGAAAUGAAUAAAUUAUGGGUUAGACUUCAACAUCAAGGCCCAUUACGUGAAAGAGAUCAAAGAACAAAAGAACGUAAAGAAUUACAAAUCCUAGUUGGAUCGCAAUUAGUUAGAUUAUCACAAGUGGUUGAUGAUAAUUUAAAAUUAUAUAAAAUUGAAAUUUUACCAAUAUUAUUAGAACAAAUUGUUCAAUGUAGAGAUGUCGUUUGUCAAGAAUAUCUUUAUGAUGUUAUUUGUCAAGUGUUUCCAGAUGAAUUUCAUUUGAAAACUUUGGAUUCUUUACUUGAUACAUCGUUACAAUUGAGUACAGAAGUAUCUGUAACAAAGAUCAUUUUAACUUUAAUAACUAGAUUAAAUGGUUAUAUUGAAAGAGUACAACAAGAAAAUGAAAAUAGAGAUGAAUCAAAUAAUAUUUUUCAAAGAUUUUGGAAACAUUUAUUAAAAUUAAAUGAGGAGAGACCAGAUUUAUCCAUUCAAGAAUUAAGUGGUAUAAUUCUUGGUAUUAUGAAUUUAUCAUUGACUUGGUACCCUGAUAAUAUUGAAAAUCUAAAUCGAUUAUUUAGUUUAGUAGCACAAAAAUGCAAAGAUUUUGGUGAAGAAAAGACAAGUGAAUCUGAAUCAUUUAUGGUGGAUUUAUUAACGGCUCAGAAACUUGAAGUAGUAAAAGAUUUCCCAAUUUAUUAUUUCAAUUUAAUUACACAAUGUGAAUCAUUUAGAACUUUAUUAACUCUUCAAAGUUCUUCAUCUCAAAUGGAAGUUUUAACAAAAAUUAUAGAUUCUUUCUUGGGAAGAUUAAUGGGUACUAAACAACAAACACGAAAUAAAGAUGGUGAUAAAUCACAGUUAUUAAUUACAUCAAAGACUCAAUUAGAACGGUUUUUAGCUGUAUUAGAACCAAUGAUUACUCAUAAGGAUACUAAAAAAGAAAAUGAUGAAGGAAACGAUACAAUAAGCCGUGAAUUUACUUUAUCUAUAUACCAAGAAAAAUUAACCAAAAUAUGUCAUUUCUUAAUGCUAAGUUUAGAUAAAUCGACGUUCAAGACAAUUGAAUCAGAAAUUGAAUUAUUAUUAAUGAUUAAGAAUGUAUUUCAUAAAGGUGGUAAAAAUAUUAAAUUUACAUAUCCUGCUAUUAUAACCAAUUUUUGGAGAAUGAUUAGAAAAUGUAAUAUUUACAAGAAAAGAAUACCAAAAAAACAAAUUUACUAUGACAAUUUAAUUAAACAAAAUUUUAAAUAUAUUUCUCGUUGCAUUAAUGAUAUGUUCAAUAAUUGUGGAAAGAAUAGUGUGGAUACUAUUUAUAAAUUAAACCUUCAAAAUGCUGCCCUCGCGGAUCAAUUAUCAUUAGUUGACAUAUCAUAUGAUUUCUUCUCAGAAGCGUUUAGUGUUUUUGAAGAAUCAUUAAGUGAUUCAAAGACCCAAUUCCAAGCGUUGAUAUAUAUGGCACAAACAUUACAAAAGACCAGAUCCUUAUAUAAGGAAAACUACUAUAAUUCAUUAAUUGUAAGAACCACAUUACACGGUUCAAAAUUAUUGAAGAAACAAGACCAAUGUCGUGCAGUUUAUAUUUGUUCACAUUUAUGGUGGGCAACAGAAAUUUCUUCAGUUGGGGAGGAAGAAGGUGAGACAACGGAUUUCUUCCGUGAGGGGAAACGUGUCCUUGAAUGUUUGCAACGGUCAUUAAGAGCUGCUGAUUCUCGUAUGGAUAAUGUUGAAAGUUGCGAAUUGAUGGUCGAGAUAUUAAAUGUUUGUUUGUAUUAUUUUGUUCAUGGUGAUGAACAAACUACACAUGUGGGUGUCAGUUAUAUCAAUGGAUUAAUUGAAUUAAUCAAGAAUAAUUUAAAAUCAUUACGUCUUGAAGAAGAACAAAGAUUAUCAGAAAUUGAUACUACUAAGAUAGAUUCUGAUAAUGAAACAAAUACUUCACCUUAUAAUAAGUAUAAUUAUGUCAUGGGUUUGGAUGGAACAUAUAUUAAAUUGGGUAACGUCAAUAACAGUUCGUCAGCUAACAUUGAUUUUAAAGUUAAAGAUAUGAAGAUUAAUGAUAUGAUACAAAUUCCUAUUAAACAUUUUGAUAGAACAUGUGAAUAUAUAUUAAAUCAAAGGGAUAUCGAUAAUAGGUUUAAGACAGUGGUGAUAUAG